UGAGCGGCAGCAUGGCCGCCCUCUCAGUUCCGCUGACACCUGUGGAUAAGUAGCUGCAGCGGCCCUGGCACAGGAACUCUAACUCCGGCUGUGGUCAUGGCCAGGACCGGUUUCUCUGACUCCAAGCCUCUGCUGGACUUACACAAGAAGUCUUGUUGUCCCCCCCAGGCGGACGAGAGGCGAGCCCCGUUAAGAACUUGGGCCAAUGCCUGCGGACCUGUGGAUCGCUGGCAGCCUGCUGAAGCAGAAGAGUCCAGGAUGGUUCCUGUCAGAAUGGAGCCAGACUGCAGAUGGGAUCGGAGUUUAUUAAUGAGAACCAGUGAAGGCAUCAUCAUGGGGUUCCAUGAGGACGGUGGGAAACACUCAGCUGAUGUGGAGGAACACAUGCUUCUGUACCGCCACGGCCUGCGCGGUCUCCACAGCCUACAGACGCUGGUACCCAGCUUGCUGCGCCAUGAGGUGGAGACGGCUCUGGAGAAACUGGGCCUUGCGUGGGACCGAAGCUACGCCUGGGACAUGUUUUUGAUCAUGAUGAGAACUCAGACAGGUAAUUCCUUUCCCAACGCUGACCUCCCCCGCCAUUUUACAGACAUCACCCGUGCUGUGCUGGUGGACUGGCUCAUUCAAGUUCACGAGAGCUUGCAUUUCCAGGAUGAAACCCUCUACCUCGCCAUUCACCUUGUCAACUGCUCCUUGCGUCAGAUCAAGGUGACCACGGUCAAUCUGCAGCUCCUCGGCAUGGUUUGCCUCUUCCUCGCUGCGAAGAAAGAAGAGUGUCUGCUCCCUGAGGUGUCCGGACUCUGCCUGCUGAUGGACCAUGCCUACACCAGGAAUCAGCUACUGCGAAUGGAGCGAAAGGUCUUCUCUGGACUGAAGUUCAACCUGUCCUUCUGUCCCCCACUUCACUUCCUUUUGCUGUUUUCCUCCGUCGCUCGCUGCAGUGCUAAUGUGGUGUGGAUGGCUCACUAUCUGCUGGAGCUCUCUCUCCUGGAGGUUCAGUGUGUGGUCUUUCUACCUGCACAGCUGGCAGGAGCAGCGCUCUGCUUGUCCCGCAAAGUCCUGCAGGAGCCCCUGACCCCAGAAGGGGAGGCUGCUUGGUGUCUGGCCUCCAGUAUCCAUGUAGGCAGUGAGACUGCCCUGCUGAGGAUCAUGCACAUUCUGGCCAACGCUGCAUCAAAAGCUCAUAUCCGAGAAACCUGUGCAACUUUUGUCAAAUUCUCCUCCCCGGAGAAGAUGUGCGUCAGUAGACACCCGGGUCUAAAGACGGCCCAUGCCCUGCUGGGUGUGUGCACUUGACAAAACCGACUCAAAGAUCCUCGCUACAUCCCACUGAGUCAGGGUAUCAAUGCCAGACUGAUCGCCCCAGGGCGAUUUGACCCACGUGAUCCGAGCAGCCAGGUCCAGAUGACCUGCCCUGAAAAUGGGUGAGACGGCCGUGUUAAGUCUCCAACGCUGGACGAUAUCUGACCCUAGAACUGAGAGCCUUCUGGUAUGGCUGUGAUUUAGCAAGUCUGUUUGCACAUCUUUUAGAAUCUUAUCUUGCAGCUGAUUUUGAAUAUAUAUUUGAAUUGUAAUCAUUUGUCCUUGUCUUAAUGAAGAGGAUGUGGGCUGUCUAUGAAAUUAUUUGAAGAUUUUAAUGUAAAAAAAAAAAAAAAUAAAGUGUCUGCUGCAGAGCUGCUUUUU